CUGGAUCUGGGUUCGGUGGUCUCAGGGACUCAGGGAUACCCAGAUCGGGUCGCAGGGAUGAUAGCAGAUUCAACGCGCUAGAUAUCGCCGAACUUGGCGAUGGGCCGUAUCGACCAUGUUACGCGCGCACCAUCUCGACGCGGCAUGUGACGCAUCGAUGGUUCCAUUUUUCUGCAGCCCGAUCGAGCAGCGACACACUCAGCUGAGUGUGCGCAACGUGGCUUCUCGGAUAAUCUGAACCUGGGCUGUCCUGGCUUCUGCUCGUCAGGGUCACCGGACGCUGUUCGUCUCGCCACCACAACACAACAACAACAUCGACGCUCCACGCCACGUGGGCUCGCGUGGGCCCGUUCCGGUCGAUCUCCCUGAGCUGGGGCCCCGGUAUAAAGAGCUGGCGCGCCGGGCGAGAAGUGCAUCAUGUUUUCGACGCUUUUGUUCGCAGCCAGCCUUGCGCUCGGCGCGCUGAACGGGGUGCGCUCCCUGGGCUCGUCGUGCAGUGCUCCUCUCGGCGCGGGAACGGCCAACCCGAGAGACGCUUUCUGGCUGCAGACGAUCAGGCACCAGGGCAUCGCUGCGUUCAAUCCCAGCCCGGCGACGUAUCCGGUGUACCGCAACGUCAGGGACUACGGCGCCAUCGGCGACGGGGUGCACGAUGAUACCGCUGCGAUCAAUGCUGCGAUCGCCGCUGGAGGACGAUGCGGGCGGGGCUGCAACUCAAGCACGGUGUCUCCUGCGGUAGUCUUCUUCCCCAAGGGGAUCUAUCUGGUCUCGGACUCCAUCAUCCCAUUCUAUUACACUCAGCUGAUCGGAGAUGCCGUUGAGCCCCCACGCUGCUUGCUGCUCCCUCUUUCUCGGCUCUGGCGGUCAUCGAUGCUGAUCCCUACAUCCCCGGCGGCGGAGGAGCCCAGUACUACGUCAACCAGAACAACUUCUUCCGCUCUGUGCGCAACUUUGUGAUCGACCUGACGCGCGUUCCACCGACUGUGGCUCAAGGCACGGGGAUCCACUGGCAGGUGUCCCAGUCGACGUCGCUGAUGAACAUUGUCAUCAACAUGUCGAACGCGCCGAACACGGCGCACCAGGGCAUCUGGAUGGAGAACGGCAGCGGGGGUUCAUGGGCGACUUGGUCUUUAACGGUGGAAAGUACGGGAUGUGGGUCGGGAACCAGCAAUUUACUGUGCGCAAUGUCACGUUUAACGGCGUGCAGACUGCGAUCUUCGGGGCUUGGAACUGGGGCUGGACGUUCCAGACGGUCACGAUCUCGAACUGCCAAGUCGGGUUUGAUCUGGCUACCGGGAACGGAAGCGGGGCACAGACGGUCGGUGCGGAGGCCAUCAUCGACGCCGUCGCGAUCAACACGCCGAUCUUCCUGCGCACCUCGACAGCCAGCCACGGCGCCGUGAUCGAUGCCGGGUCUCUCGUCCUUAACAACAUCAAGCUGACCAACGUCCCCACGGCCGUCGGUGUUGUCGGCGGCGCAGUCGUUUUGGCGGGCAGCGCGGGCUCGAUGACGAUUGAUUCGUGGGCACAGGGCAACGUGUACCACGGAAACGGGGCCGGGACGUUCACGCAGGGCAGCAUCCCCGCGCCGGCGAAGCCUGCUGCUCUGCUGGACAGUGCCGGCCGCGUCUACGGGCGCGGACAUCCGCAGUACAUCGGCUAUGCGCUGUCCCAGAUAGUCAGCGUGAAGGACCACGGCGCAAAGGGCGACGGCGUCUCAGACGACACAGCCGCGUUGCAAUCUGUCUUUGACACUUUCGCGGGCUGCAAGAUCAUCUUCGUCGACGCCGGGACAUACAUCGUCACGUCCACGCUGCGGAUCCCCGCAGGAUCCCAGGUCGUCGGAGAAGGCUGGUCGGUCAUCGCCGGAAAGGGACCGGCGUUCGCCGACAUGAACAACCCCCAAGUCGUCGUGCAAGUCGGUGCGCCCGGCUCGUCCGGAAUCAUGGAGAUCACGGACAUCAUCUUCUCCACGGUCGGCCCGGCGCCCGGCGCGAUCGUCGUCGAGUGGAACGUCCACGAGUCCACACAGGGCAGCGUUGGCAUGUGGGACUCGCACAUCCGGUUGGGCGGAGCGGCCGGAACCAACCUCGAGCUGGCGCAAUGCUCGGCCACCGGCGGAUCGCCGAACUGCUACGCGGCCUUCCUCGCACUGCAUCUGACGGCGGGCUCCUCCGCGUACCUCGAGGGAACAUGGGCUUGGCUCGCGGAUCACGAGAUGGAGGGCGACGGCUACUCCCAGCUGACGCUGUACAGUGGCCGCGGUGUCCUCUCCGAGUCCGCCGGUCCCGUGUGGAUGAUCGGCGCUGCGGCCGAGCACCACACUCUGUACCAGUUCAAUCUCGUGGGGGCGAAGAACCACUACAUGGGCUUGUUGCAGACGGAGACGCCGUACUACCAGCCGACCCCCGUCGUUCCUGGACCGUUCACGCUCAACAGCGCGUUCCACGAUCCGUCCUUCUCUGGGACCACCUCCGCCUGGGCUCUCAGCGUGACCGGCUCCUCGAACAUCCUUGUCUUUGGCGCCGGAUUCUACAGCUUCUACAACAGCUACUCGCAAACGUGUCUGACGCCGUCCAACUGCCAGAACCAAGUCGUCAACAUCGACUCGGCGUCGUCCGUCAACAUCUACAGCCUGUCGACCGUCGGGUCGACGUUACAGCUCAGCGUGAACGGCGCGGGCGUGAUCAACCACGCUGCGAACUUGAACGGAUUUGCCGCUACGGUCACGUCGUGGAGCCCGUAGAGUGUGUUUAUUUACAAUUAACCAACUUGACGCUACUAUCUUUAUCAUUUUUAUCGCUAAUUACUGCAUAAUCGAACCCUCCUUAGUCCUGCUGCUAGCCAUCGCAGAUCUACGGAAAAAGGAAAACGGAUCACGUGAGGUGGA